GUUGGCUUUUUAAAAAUUUGUUAAUUUGCCCCUGUCAGGAUGCGGCAGCCGAUUUCCGUUUCCGCCUUCGUGUCCGCUGGCGGAGGGCGGCCGCGGCGGGGCGAGCCGGGCCGGUCAGGGAAGAGAGCGGGGCCGCGGCUGUGCGCGGGGCCGGUCCGCUCCGCCGCCAUGGAGACGCUGUACCGCCUGCCCUUCGCCGUGCUCGAGUGCCCCAACAUCAAGCUGAAGCGGCCGAGCUGGGUGCACAUGCCCUCGGCUAUGACCGUUUACGCGCUGGUGGUGGUGUCCUACUUCCUCAUCACGGGAGGGAUUAUCUACGAUGUGAUUGUGGAACCUCCCAGCGUGGGGUCGAUGACAGAUGAACACGGGCACCAGAGGCCGGUGGCUUUCUUGGCCUACAGGGUAAAUGGACAAUAUAUUAUGGAAGGGCUUGCAUCCAGCUUCCUCUUCACAAUGGGUGGCAUAGGAUUCAUCAUUCUGGAUCGAUCCAAUGCGCCAAAUAUCCCCAAGCUGAAUAGGUUUCUUUUGCUCUUUAUUGGUUUUGUCAGCGUGCUCUUGAGCUUCUUCAUGGCCAGAGUUUUCAUGAGGAUGAAAUUACCGGGCUACUUGAUGGGUUAGUGCUUCCUGUGGUGUAUGUAAGUCAGAGCUGAAUUUACUCCUCUUCAUGAAGUGUUUAAGCAGCAGCAGCAAGAAAAAGAUUCCACAGUCACCAUCAACAGGAAAGAGACCUGGCUAUGAGAAACAUCUAGGGAAAGAGUGCUUUCUCUGCAAACAAACUUUCACUACCAAUGGCUGAUUUGUAGUUUUGAAGCAAUGUAUUCUCAUUUCUGUGUCAGAGCUUUUGAAAAGAGCAAGUUACCUAGCUGGGUUUUUCUUUUGUAUCCCAACUCAGUAUGAAAUAGAGAACCUAUCUCUAGCUCUACUUGAAAUGAGUACUAGCCAUUGGCUUGACGGUUCUUUGUUGCAGGACUGUCUCCUGUUCCCUGUGUGAGACAAUUAUAUGUGUGAAUUGGAGAAGAAACACCAGAAACGUUUCUUUCCAAGUUAUAAUUAGAAAAUUAGUAACUUUGGGUGCUUUACAGUCAAAAUACAAUGUGUCUAAAAUGAUUUCAAAGGCACCUUUUGCCUUGAUAUUAAUGGCUCUAUGUGAGCAAAUCCAGACAUGCACUGGGAAAGGCAAACUGUAUGAAUGUGCAUUUCUUUUUGGAAAAGUGUAUGAAAGGAGCCAAAUAAAACUUAUUUUCUACAAAAUUA